CAAUAAUUUGACUUCCUGCUCCUUACUGAGAGUCCCAUCCUAAAGGAAAGCGCUUAGGUUACUAUGCAACAGUUGAGGUAGAGGGGCGCAAGGAAAAAAGGUUUCAAAGUUCUUUUCAGGUCUUCUAACAAUGUUAUGCAAAACAGACCAAACUCUAAUAAUGACUGGAGAAAGAGAACGAUUAAAGGAGCUUCUGCGCACUCGUCUAAUAGAAUGCGGCUGGAGAGACCAGGUUCAGAUGCUAUGUCGUGACAUAGUGAGAGAACGGGGUGUUCACAAUCUGAAAGCAGAUGAUCUGAUUGCAGAAAUCACUUCAAAGGGCAGAGCUCUUGUACCAGAUUCAGUGAAAAAGGAGCUGCUGCAGAAAAUAAAAGCAUAUCUUGUUCAGGAUAUGUAAUGCAGCAGAAUUUUUUUUCGAACUUCCACUGUAUAUACAACACACUGGUGAAUUUUACUUUCUUAAAAAUUGUCUUCAAAUCAAUAAGACUGUUACAUUACACUUGACAAGAAUAGGUUUAUUUUAUUAUAGCUACUAAAGAAAUUUAACUUAAUAAAGUACUGCACAUGAAAUACUGCAAAUGUACAUAUAACAGAACUGUAACAUUGUGACUUAAUGCAUACGCUUAAUAUUUUUUUUAUAAUAUAUGAUCACCUUUACCUUUCUCAGUAUUGACUUGGUUGUUAUUCCUUUAUAUGAUAGGAAAGGAUUUAACUCUGUCAUCCCACUUCCUAAAUAUUUCUUCUUUUGUCUCUUCUGGCAAAGUACCUGAAAAAAUGAAUUAUACAUACAAACAAAAACUGUGUCAACAAGUUAUGUCGUUAUUUAAUUAACUGAGAACAAUCAUACUGGAUGCUUCCUUUUCAGCCACAACCUUCAAUUUUACUUAUAUAUAUCACAUUUAUGAAACUUUUAUUUUAAUUUAAAAUGAGUUGUAUGAAGAAAAGUGCAAAUAAAUAAAUAAAUCCUCA